AAACGCACGACAAUCUUGUCUUGUGAUGCAAGGUAACCUUCAUGCAGUGUCACGUUAGCCAAAAGCAUGGAAUCAAAAUACAAACUACUGGAAGCAAGAUUAAAUCAUAUUUUAUCACCAUUAGGAUUUGAAUUUUACCCAUUUAAAGUUGGAUGGUACAAUGAAAAAGUGGGCGAAGCAUAUGUCUUGCCUUACAACAGUGACACACUGGCAUUUUCAAUAAUCAGUACACCUGACAUGUUUGAAAAGACCUUUAAACCAUUCAUCUUUGAACAGGACUUGUCUGGUACUCAGGAUCCCAUUGACCAAUGCAUGAUUCAUCACUUUAACUUAGUCAAACAGGAAUUCCCUGAGGAGGAAAUAGAAGUGAUCCAUGACUUCGAGAUGACGUUCAGUCGCCGCCCCAAAGUGUUGCUGCAGACGGCAGGUCACGUGUCCGGGGCCGCCUACUACUAUCGGCAGAACGACCUGAAGGAGAACACCUGGCCACAAAACAAGAAAAUGUUAGGGGUGAUCAUCCAUCCAAAAUAUGGUGGCUGGUUUGCAUUCCGCACCGUUGUGAUUUUCAAGAACAUCAAGUGUCCAGAUCUUGAGCAACAACUUCCUGAGGACUGUGUGCCUACGCAAGAACUGAGAAAAGAAUUAUUUGAACGGUUUAACUUUCACUGGCAAGACUGGAGUUUCCGAGACAUUAUAGCUCCUGUCAAGAGAUAUUCAGAAGAACAAAAACUCUAUUUUCAAACCUUACCAAAGGACAGACAUGAACUCCUUGUCAAAAUGAAAAAGAAGCAUAUGUGUGGGGACUAAAGUUUGCUGCAUACAUAAUGGAACACCCAACACUUUACAGUGUUUAAUUUAUUAACAAGCAUAUAUAAAAUAUUCAAUCAUAAUUCAUUAUCUUAAUAUCCAAAUGGAAGGGACGUAGCCCUGUGAGAAAACGCUUGCCUGAUGUAUAGUCGGCCUGAGAUCAUCCCCUUAAGUGGGCCCAUUAGGCUAUUUCUCCACGACUGGUAUAUUAAAUCCCAUGGUAUAUGCUAUCCUGUCUGUGGGAUGGUGCAUAUAAAAGAUACCUUGCUAUCGGCAUACACCUUCACCCAUGAUAGUCUUGCCCUGAAUGUACACAUUAAACCCUGUGACCUGACCUGACCUGACCUAACAAUGGAAAAAUCUAGCAGGUUUCCUGAAAAUGUUUGGAAAACGACCAUUGUGUCCGACAUUACUGGUCAUAAUCCGUAAUGGCAGAGACAAUCUUAAUACCAGAGUAUUUUUACUAUAAAAUAUUAAGUAAAUAUUUUGGUGUUUGAAUGAUUGAUCUUUAUAGUGGGGUGGUUGUUAGGUGGGGUUCCACAAUAUUUUAAAGGGGCUCCAUCAAAAUUGCAUAAUGAAGGAUUUCCACCAAACGUUUUUAAUAAAUUUUGUUUUAAAAUGUAAAUAUUAUUUCUUCAACUAUUUGCCCAUUAAAAUAUUUUAAGUACAACCAAAUAAUUUAAUUUUCUAGUAAAACAAAUUUUAUUUUAUUGAAAAAUCUAUAGAGAAUGAUCUACAGGUUAAGCGUGUGGUAUCAUAAUUGUGUGCACACAGUUUUGUACUCAUUGUUCUGUUUUUGUGGCGUCUGGUGCUGUAGCUUGGGGCGAAGUGACAUCCGGCUCCGACGAACUCCUGUAUGCACAGUGUAAACAAACGUUCUAAUUUACGACAAGGCGCUUCGCUUUCAUCAACCUGACUUGUACAACAACAUAGAUGACUUGAUAGCAUAAUAAACUAUUGAACUAAA